UCAAGGGCUUCUCAGACCCAGAGCAGAAACCACUCCCUGACUCCAGAGGCUGGGGCUGAUUUCCUGCCCUCUCCUGCAAAGUCUUUUUUUCCCAGAUGGAGCUGUAAUGCUGCCCAGCCCCAGAGGGACCCACAGGGAAGGUCUGAGCAGUCCCAGUGGUGAGUGACCAGCUUGGAGCAUCCUCUUGUCCCCCAGGAGAGGCUCCUGGCCCCAGGCAGGGCUUGGGGCCAAGCUGGGCUCGUUCCCCCUGGCCGGCCCGGAUGACAGAUGCCCACGGUGGAGGAGAAAAUGCUGCAGCCCCCGUGGUCAGCCUGGACCCCUCUGACCCAGAGCUGCACUACGAGGAGGAGGGGGAUGAGGAGAAGAGCGAGUCAGAGCCCUCAGACACCAGCAGUGUCUGCUCUGAUGACUCUGUCUACCCUUGCUACGAGCCAUCCCCAAGGGCUGGUGGGGAUGGGGACCUCAGCCUCUACCAGUGCUGCGCCAAGAACGAUGCCAGGUUGGUGCAGGAGAGGCUGGAGCGAGGGGUGAGCCGGAGCGAGGCCAUGGAGCUGGACAUCAACGGGAGGAACGGGCUGAUGGUGGCCUGCUACAAGGGCUUUGUGGACAUUGUGCCCCUGCUGCAGAAGUGCCCCUACAUAAAUGUCAACCAGCAGGACAAGGACGGGAACACGGCCCUCAUGAUCGCAGCCCAGGCAGGACACAUCACCAUAGUCAACUACCUCCUCAACUACUACCCCAUGCUGGAGGUGGACAAGAGGGACCCCCGGGGCCUGACGGCGCUGAUGAAGGCGGCGGUGCAGGGGCGACAGGACUGCGUGGCCGCCCUGAUCCUGGCGGGAGCAGACCUGGAAGCAGCAGAUCCUGUCAAGGGGAAGACAGCCAGGGAGUGGGCAGCCUUCACCGGCCGCUUCGAGACCACCGUGCGGAUCCGGAGCCUCCUGCGGCGCCCGCGGGCCGAGCAGUUCGGUUCCCAGUACCAGCCCGAGUGGCCAGCCCUGGCCGAGCUGGUGGCCAAAGCCGUGGGUCCCAAAUCCACGAGCAAGAGGCUGUCGGAGAAGAUCCAAUCCAUGUUCACCUUCAACUUCCCCCACGACCCGGAGGAGGACGGUGUGAUGGACCACAUGGUGAGGAUGACCACCUCCCUCGCCAGCCCCUUCGUGGCCACUGCUUGCCAAACCAUCUGCCCUGACAGCCCCCCCGAGGUGGGCAAGCGCAGGUUGUCCGUCCCGGAGAUCCUGGGGGAGCACGAGCUGGAUCUGGACGCCGAGACAGACUCCAGCUCCUGCUCCAGCAUGGCCUCUUGCAACGGCCAAGUGGUGUCAGAGAUCCGGCUCCUGCCCCCUCGCCAACCGGCCGGCGGCUUCCUGAGCUUCCUGCCCCGGCGCCUCCGCUGCGGGAACGUCAUCUUCCCGGGAGAACCCGUCCCCAAAAUCAAAGUGAGCAAAGACUCCUGCCCACCCGCCACCUCCAAGGAGCGGCAUCGGCGCAAGAGGGACAAGAACCUGCUGCAGCCACCCAAGUGGAGGUACAAGGAGCUGAAGGAGGAGAAGAAAGCGGCCAAGGAGGCGAAGAAAGAGGAGAAAAAGAAGAAAGAAGGGAAGAAGGGCUAAGGCGGGAGUGGAGAGGUCCCCGCUGUCCCCUUGGACCUGCUGGCUCUUGGCACAGGGUGGUGUCCCUCCCUGGCAGGCUGCUGAUGCCAAGGAAGAGGGUACCGUGGAUGUACCCAGUGGAGAUGUCCCACCCCCCGCGUCCCCAGGUCCCCCAAGUCCCUGCCCAGCCCCUCAUGCUCCCCCACCUCCAUGGUGACCCCCCUGGCCUGGCUCUGGUUGCACUGAGCCCCUUCUCCAGAGCUACCCGAGCAGGUUUGUGGCAGAAGUGGCUCUUUUUUCUCUCGUCUUUUCUCUUCCUUUCGGUUUUUUUGCCUCUUUGAUCUUCCUGAGCUCCGCAUCUGGCCGCGCGUGGCGGAGCGAGGCCCUGCAGAUUAAACUGGAGCAGUU